AUGGCAUUCUUCGGUGCUGGAAAGAGUAUUUUUGGGACCUCUUCGACUGCCACAACUUCGCAGACUAAAAAGGAUCCUGAAGUUCAAUCACCACCUGCUGAUACUGUUUCUUGUUUACGGUUUUCACCAGCUACUAUUAAUUCUGCGACCUCUUAUCUUGCAGCUACGAGUUGGGAUAACCGUGUUCGUGUUUGGGAAGUAGCCGCUAAUGGGACUUCCACCCCAAAAGCAGAACAAGUGCAUCAAGGACCUGCUCUCGGUGUUGCAUGGAGUACCGAUGGGACAAAAAUUUUUUCGGUCGGGGCUGAUAAAUGUGCUCAAAUGUGGGACCUUUCUUCAAAUCAAUUUAUUCAAGUUGGUGCACAUGACGCCCCCAUUAAAACUGUGCAUUUCAUUUCUUCACCAAAUUAUACUUGCCUAAUGACCGGUGGCUGGGAUAAAAAACUGAAGUUCUGGGAUAUGCGCCAGCCUACUCCAAUGUCAUGCAUCGACCUGCCUGAGCGGACGUAUUGCGCCGAUGUGGUGUAUCCUCUUGCCGUGGUCGGUUUGGCGGGUCGUCAGAUUAUUGUGUAUCAGUUGGAAAAGGGUCCAACUGUCGCAGCUCAGCUUGAUUCGCCACUCACGUUCCAGAACCGAUGCGUUUCCAUUUUUAUGGAUAAACAAAAGUCAUCUCCAGCAGGUUUUGCCCUAGGAAGCAUAGAAGGACGAGUUGCAAUCCAAUAUUUCCAGCCUACGGCACCUAAAGACAAUUUCACAUUUAAGUGUCAUCGUUCUGCUUCAGCAGUUAAUGGGUACUACGAGAUCUUUGCUGUUAACGACGUGGCUUUUCAUCCAGUGCAUGGAACACUGGCCACCGUUGGCUCAGACGGGCGAUAUGCCUUUUGGGACAAAGAUGCUCGGACCAAACUUCGGGGACUAGAAAACGCUGAGAUGCCAAUGACCGCUUGUGCAUUUGAUCCAAAUGGCAAUUUGUUUGCCUACGCUUGUGGCUACGAUUGGUCCAAAGGCCACGAAUGUGCAGACCCCUCAAAACCGCCGAAGAUUUAUAUCCGGCAGGGUCUUGACGAAAUGAAGCCCUCCAAGUAG